AUGUUGCUUGUACAGAACAUAUUGGUUAUACUGGUUUCUGUUAGCUGUCUAAUAAGUGCAGAACCGCAAAACUACAAUGAAGUAUACCAAAAACUACAGCAGCAUCUGGAAUCUAUGAAAUUGGAAAAUGAGGCAAGAUUUAUGAAAACAGAUACUAUAAUCGCAAAUAUGGAGGAAAGAAUAUCGCAGCAAAAUGAAAUCAUCCGCAAACAACAAAAACUCAUAGAACGCCUACAAAGAAACCAAGAACUCCAAAAGCAUACACGUCAAGUUUCAGUCCAGAAGAAAGUUGCUUUUACCUACAGGACAUCAGGUGACCAAAGUAGCUUAGGAUCAGACCAAACUAUCAAAUUUGACCGACGAAUGACCGACGUAUCCAACAGUUACAGUGCAUCAACUGGAAUUUUCACCGCACCAGUUGGCGGCUACUACGCGUUCGUAUUGGAUACAAGGACACUUCCAGGGAGAAUCUGCUGGAUAGAUGCCGUCAAAAACGGAUAUCCAAUAGCAACCAACUACAUGGAAGCACCUAGUGGUCAAGAAGACAGUGAGACAUCAUUUGCUGUCGUUCGUUUAGACACAGGAGACCAAGUAUGGGUUCGCAACAAGGUCUAUCAUGGACAUUCUUGUGGAAUUGAUGACUUGGCAAACUUUUCCGGAUUUUUGCUGUAUCAAGAUUUAUAAAAUAACAGAAACGUAA